AUGCAUCAUUUCGUGAUUUACGCCGCACAGCCUUAUGGRUUACCAUUGGAAGAGGUCACACUACCCCAAUACCUGAAAACACAGGGAUACCAUACCGCCGGGGUYGGRAAGUGGCAUUUGGGUUUCUUCGCCAAGGAGUACACCCCAACGUAUCGGGGCUUUGACUCUUUUUAUGGAUUUUGGAGCGCRAARACRGAUUACUGGAAYCAUUCGUCCUACGAGAACAAUUUUUGGGGAAUYGAUAUGAGAGAUGACAUGAACCCCAUCAGUACAGAGAAUGGAAUCUAUGGGACAGAGCUAUUCACAGUAAAAGCCGAUGAAAUCAUCCAAAAGCAUGACGUCAACAAACCGUUAUUUCUCUAUAUCGCCCACCAAGCUGUUCAUUCAGCCAAUCAGAACGAGCCACUGCAAGCUCCAAUUGAAAAAGUGGAUGCAUUCAAGGACACAAUUGAUCAAGAAGAUCGACGUAARUACGCUGGCAUGGURAUGUCUCUUGACCAAUCAGUGGGCAGAGUAUACAAAGCCCUUCAAGAUAAGGGGAUGGAAAACAACAGUAUCAUUAUAUUCACCAGUGACAAUGGCGGGGCACCACAUGGAUUCAAUUGGAAUAUGGGGUCCAAUUUCCCAUUUCGUGGGGGCAAAGAUCARGUUUGGGAAGGAGGUGUUCGCAGCGCAGCAUUCGUGUACAGUGACCUCAUAAAUAACAAGGGGCGUGUCAGUAACGACUUGAUUGACGCAUGUGAUUGGGUUCCUACCUUGUUCUCAUURGCUGGUGGUGACUCUAGUCUUCUUCAACCAAACAUCGAUGGGAAAAAUGUGUGGGAUACGAUAUCAGAUGGAGAGCCAUCGCCAAGAGAUGAAAUUCUCCACGCCAUAGAUCCAUGGCGUAAGUUUGCUGCCAUUCGUAAAGGACGCUAUAAACUAGUCGAAGGCAUGGAUGAUUCCUAUAAAAAUGAGAAAUGGCAUCCAAGGUACGCAGGAAUCGAAUUAGAAAAACCCCAAGUGUUACCGGGUGCCGUCAUUGACUGCGGCAAAUGGGCCAGUAACGGAACGAUGUGCGACUCCAGUGGCGGAUCAGUUUGUCUGUUUGACCUAGACGAAGAUCCAUGUGAAUAUAACGACUUAUCAAAAGCCCUACCCGACAAAGUCACAGAACUACAAGCUCGUCUCGAAGAAUUCCGUCAAAGCGCACGCCCUGUAUGGUAUCCCGCUAUCGACAAAGAGGCAAACCCAGAYAAAUUUGGCGGMUACUGGGCACCAUGGAARGAACUAAAAGACAACAGCAGUCUUAUUARCUCGUGGAUCUCCGUCAGUACAUUACUUGCUAUUGAUUUACUCGGGGSUAAACACGAACACGACUCCAGUAAAUCGCCAUGUAAUAUCAAUAUAACUGAUUUGAGUAUCCGGCAUAAUGAUGAUAUAUUGCCAAACGUACCUACAGAUAUAGGAAAAUAUAUAUCAUCUCAACAACUUCGUUCAAAUUUUCAAAAUAUUUGUGAUUUAAAGGACGGUGAUAUCAGCUGGUCGCCUUAUAAGCCUGUUGAAGUACACAGCAGCAAGCAACCGACUGAUAGUAAGGAUAGAUUCUAUUAUAGAUUGUCAUAUGAUGGUAGAUAGGACCGAUCUAUAGGAUACACCGUAUUGAAAAACGUUGUCGGGUUCCAAAAGGUUACACAUCAAAGCUAGGACCGAAAAGAAGCAUGGGAAAGCAAUACUUGGCUACUUGGACGAAAAUUGCGAAACAUUAAAAAAGACUUGGAAAUCA